AUGCCUUUUGUCGGGCUUCUGGCUGGUAAGACGGCCAUCAUAACGGGCGGAACGACAGGCAUCGGCCGUGCCAUUUGUCUCGAAUUCCUGCGCCAGGGUGCCAACGUGGUGGUCAAUCACUUGGGAUUGGAGAAAGAUAAGCAGCAUUUGGACUCCCUUAUUGCUGAAGCCGAAGCCCUCUCCGCUCCGUCGUCAUCAGCUUCUGGUCAGGCAGGCGAAGGAACAUCUGAGGUUGUCGGCCGUUUGGCGUCAUCGACCAGAGUAGUUGGGACACUUGCACAUGUAGCCGGUGAUGUGAGAGAUCCGGAGACGGCAACCAAGCUUGUCGCUGCAGCAGUUGAGCAUUCGGGCGCCGCCAAGCGACUAGACAUCUGCGUUUCCAACGCCGGUGUCUGUACUUUUGCAGACUUUAUGACCUUGUCUCCGGACCUAUUCGAGACUACUGUCCGUACUAAUCUUGGCGGCGCAUUCUACGUUACACAGGCUGCUGCUCGUCAGAUGGCUCUGUAUCAAUCCCCUACAGGAGGUAGUAUUAUUGGUGUAUCGUCUAUUUCCGCUCUUGUAGGAGGAGGAGAGCAGACGCAUUAUACGCCAACUAAAGCUGGGAUUACCAGCUUGAUGCAGAGCACCGCCGUUGCUCUCGGGAAGUACGGUAUUAGAUGUAACGCUCUUUUGCCUGGCACAAUACGUACGCAGUUAAACGAGCAAGACUUGGCAGACGAUGCCAAGAGGAGUUAUAUGGAAGGGAGGAUCCCCUUGGGGCGGACUGGUGUACCAUCGGAUUUGGCUGGUCCGGCUGUCUUUUUGGCUUGCAACGAACUGAGCAGCUAUGUGACUGGUGCACAGUUGUUAGUUGACGGCGGACUGUUUGUUAAUCUACAGUAG